GUUUUGAAACGAGGUCGCGUUUUCGCAUACGCGCACUCGGAACGUUAAUGGUGCGUGUUUUAUUGCUUAUUUAUUUACCGCUAACAAAUUGAUAAACGGCACGCGAACGCCUAUAACGUAAUUAUGACGGACAGGGCACGCGACCCCACUAACGAAUUAUAGAGUGCGAGAUUUUAGGCCGGACGUAGCUAAAUUGAACCAGAAAAAUUCUGCCAAACAGAUCAGACAAUCUGGUAUGCCAGAAGCGCGACCCAACGUUAUAUCAGGGGAUUAAGAGUGGUCGAGCUGCCACCAACUGUUACCAAUGACGACUAGUGAUGGACUCCGCUUUCUUUUCACUAAUGCUACUGUCGAUGGUUCUACUCUAUCACGUAGCAUGUAUAAGCGCAAAAAGUUCCGUCAAAAGGGACAGCAUCGAUUCGAGCCUUCAAGUGAUUCACGACGUAGCGACGCGAAGUCUGGGAUCGCUUUGCAUAACUGAAAAGUUUCGAUCGCUGAGUGUACCGCUCGAAACGGCACGUUUUGAACCGGCACGUCAAAAGGCUGAUCUCGCCGCAACCCUUUUACAAGAUUUGGGUGUUGCGCGUCAUAAUGGUCUUCAAGACGCCAUAUCAAGAAACCUGCUAGUUUCCGAUACAAAUAUUUUAUCAGCGCGAGUGCUCGCAAUUAACGCGUCGACGGGUCAGCUGGUGAACUGCGCGUGGUGGCAGCGGCAAGGUUUGGAAAUGGGAGGCCCUAGGAAGUUAACCGAGGGCAUUCCAGAGGUGGGCCAACGACCCGAUCCGGAUUAUCCUUGGUACGAGGACGCGGAUUCCAGUCCCGGUCUGCGCUCACCGAAAUUUAUGGACAGUCCUCUGAAAGUUUCGUACAGGGGAUGGUGGACAUAUCCCUACUACUCCUGUAUCUCCCGCAAAUGGCUCACAUCCUACAGCGUUCCCAUUCCCUCACCCGGACGUCACGGAAUGAAAGGCUAUCUAAGCUUAGACGUCGACGUCUCGAAUUUGGAAGUGAACCAAUGCGAAGACGACCACCUCGGCUCCUACUCCGAAAUCCUGGUGCUACACGGAACGCACAAAUGUCACAAUUUAACUUCGAAGUGCGUUUAUCGUUCCCAGCUGGGCUUAACGGGCUGGUCCAGAGGGAGCUAUCAAUGUAAAUGCAGACCCGGCUUUUAUUCGCCGCAUCACGCUGGUAUAUUUAACGGAACAAUUGUAGAAAUCGCAUGGCAGGAACAGGAGACGAACAACAGCAACGCAUGGUCGACGAUAUUCCGGUGCAAACAGUGCGCGCCAGGUUGCCACCACUGCUUCGGUCCCGAACCGUGCCUGGCAACCUACAAUUGGCCGUUUAGGUAUUCCUUUUUGAGUUUUUGCCCCGAAACAUUUGGGGUAUGCCGCGUCACUAACGUGUUUUUGUUCAAUUUCAGGACUGCGAUACUAAGUUUUAGUGUUUUUUGCGUUUUUUCGACACUCGCCCUUAUCGUUUACAUGUAUCGGCAUAAGAAAUUAAAAGUGUUUAAGGUAGCUAGUCCGAUUUUCUUGGCGAUUACGCUCGUCGGUUGCGGAAUUAUGUACUUGGAGAUGGCUGCCAUCUUUCCGGUGUUGGACAAGUACUCGUGUAUAGCCACAAAGUGGACGCGCCAUCUUGGAUUUUGCAUCACGUACACUGCCUUGCUGAUGAAGACUUGGAGGGUUUCUCUGACCUACCGAGUCAAAUCAGCGCACAAAGUGAAACUAACAGACAAACAGCUUUUGCAAUGGAUGGUGCCCAUACUUUUAGUAAUGCUCAUAUAUUUAGGAACUUGGACGCUAUCUGAUACUCCAAUAGCCGAAGAUAUCAAGGACAGCACCGGUUUAAGGUUCAAGCAGUGCUCUUACAACUGGUGGGAUCAUAGUCUUGCAAUCGGUGAGGUGUUGUUUCUAGCUUGGGGUGUGCGAGUCUGUUACAAUGUGCGAAACGCCGAAUCCUUGUAUAAUGAAGCUAGAUUGAUAAGUUACGCAAUUUAUAAUAUAGCACUCGUUAAUACCGCCAUGGUAGCAAUUCAUUUGUUAAUAUUUCCUCAAGCGGGACCUGACAUUAAAUACUUAUUAGGAUUUGUACGAACACAAUUAUCAACUACCGUUACAAUAGGCCUCGUAUUUGGACCAAAAGUUUUGAGAGUACUAAGAGGACAAGGUGAUCAAUGGGAUAACCGAGCCCGCUCCCGGGGAGUGACGGCAUCCUUCUCCCUAAACGGAAUCGGGCUAGUACCCGAAGAAGCGCCCGAUCUUUAUCAGGAAAACGAGGAACUUAAGGAGGAAAUCCAGAAGUUAGCGGCGCAGAUCGAGUUCAUGAAGAUCGUCUACAUGGAAGUGAAUAACAGGCACUUGAAGCCGAAGAGCGGUAGUUAUUUUACUAAUCUUAAUACACCAGGUGCGGUGCAAAGUCCUUUAGCUAAAUCGGGUUGUUUGUUAACAAAAUCGCCCGAAGAUCUUUGACUAAUAUGUGGCAGUAGUGAAGAGUGGUAUAGGCUAGGAAGACACGGAAGUGAAAAAGAUACACGUACCCCCGUCUUUGUUUGAAUGUUUCCUUCAGGCUUUGUGUUACCGAUGUUUUUUUUCGUAUCCAUUAUCUUUCUCCUUUGGUGGGACCGUCGGUCCUUUCGACAUUUAGGCCAUUCGGCUCAGAGUGGACCAUUCAAACUUUUAAGCGCUUCCCGCUACUUCCCUCGUGAAAUUGAUUUCAAGGUCUUCCCUAUAUUAUCCUGUUAGUGAACAGGUAAUGGAUACGAAGUUACCGAUUGCCAAAUUACCUUCAGUGUCUCAAUGUUGCACACCUAUAAGAUAAGAACUAUGUUUCUCUAAAACGCUUUUCCUACCCAAGCCCUUCCUCAUUACUGCAAAACAAUCAAACCGCCUUGUGUAAGAAGGUAGACCUUGUGUAGUUGGUAGCCCUUUGUUUUUUUUUUUGAGCUUGUCCGCUUAUAUACAUGUGAAAACUUGGCGCUUUUGAAAACUGUCAAUUGUUACCUGUGUGUCUGUCAUGUUAGCAUAUAAGAAAACAUUAUAAUAGCACAAAUUUCUGACUGAUAUUUACUGUAAAAGAUGUGCUUCAACGUGUGAUAAACCUGACCUUAUUUCAAUUUCUGGCUCUUGCCAGGUAGAUGUUACUGACUACUGAUCAUUUUUGUAUGCGUUGUUGGAUGGGUUUUCAAAUUCUAUAUUUCAUUACUCGUUACAGAAAACAUCCUUUUAAUGUGCGCCAUUGUAUUUGUUGAUAGAAUAAAUGUUUAAUGUUGAACUCUUAAUGUACAUAGACCAAAAAUUGGCAUUUAGGGAAAUUUUCUGUACAUAGUUCAAUGGAAGACAAUACUUAAACGAAAACUGCUUUUAUCAUUAUACAUAACAUAAGGUAGGGAUAUCUCAUAUUUUUGAUUUUCUAAAAGUAUAUUCUUGUCUUCCGUUCGACGUUGGGGGACGGAGACAACGAUAGGAUUUGUGUAGGACGCGUUAUUCUAACAAUUUAAUCUGCAAAAUUUAUGAUACAAAACAAAUAAAUAUGUUAUAUAUUUGUAAAAAAAAAUGUUUAAUAUAUAUGUAUUUCACAA